GUGCAGGGCACAGAGCAGAGAAGCUGCGAUGCAGAGCAGCUCCCUAUUGCAGCCAGCCACACACAACGUCCACUCAGGAGCACACUGUGGCAUCAUCCCCCCAGCUACAGACAGGACCCACUCAGGACCACACUGUGGAAUCAUCCUCCCAUCUACACACAGAACCCACUUUGGAGCACACUGUGGAAUUAUCCCCCCAGCUACAGACAGGACCCACUCGGGACCCCACUGUGGAAUCAACCAUCGUCUACAGGCAGGACCCACUCAGGAGCACACUGUGGAAUCAUUCCUCCAGCUAUAGACAAGACCAACUCAGGACCACGUUGUGGAAUCUUUCCCCCAGCUACAGACAUAGGAGCACGCUGUGGAAUCAUCGCCCCAGACACACACAGCAGCCAGAGCGCACAGCCCCACUCAGAAUCUCGCUGACCGUGGAAUUGUCCCCCUCCAGGUACACUAAAAACUAGCUACAGUCUCCCAACCUCCAGUAACUAGGGGCAGAAGAUCCCCUUCCUCAUCUGUAGCCUCCCAGCCUCCAGUGACAAGGGCAGAAAAUCCCCCUUCCCUCAGCUGCAACCUCCCAGCCUCCACUGACCAGGACAUAAGAUCCCCUUCCCCACCACCCCUUUCCUCAGCUGCAGCCUCCUGGCCUCUAGUGACCGGCCUCACCUGUGCCACCCACUCAGCGUCUCCAGGCAUCAGCAGAAAUGACUGCAGAGAUGGCUCAGCCUCCACCCCAACCCCCUGCCCAAAGCAGCCCUAUGUCUGCAGCCACGGAGAAGCACAGUGGGCAGAGCCUGGAGUCUGCAGCCUCCUGUACCACAAAGGCCAAGAAGAGCAACGCUGGCAUCAGGAGGCCGGAGAAGCCUCCUUACUCCUACAUCGCCCUGAUCGUCAUGGCCAUCCAGAGCUCGCCCACCAAGCGGCUGACCCUCAGUGAGAUCUACCAGUUCCUGCAGAGCCGCUUUCCCUUCUUCAGGGGCUCCUAUCAAGGCUGGAAGAACUCUGUCCGCCACAACCUCUCCCUCAAUGAGUGCUUCAUCAAGCUGCCCAAGGGUCUGGGCAGGCCGGGCAAGGGGCACUACUGGACCAUAGAUCCCGCCAGCGAGUUCAUGUUUGAGGAAGGCUCCUUCAGGAGGAGGCCCAGGGGCUUCAGGAGGAAAUGCCAAGCCCUGAAGCCCAUGUAUAGUAUGAUGAACGGCCUGGGCUUCAACCACAUCCCCGACACCUACAGCUUCCAGGGCUCUGCUGGUGCCAUCUCCUGCCCACCCAACAGCCUGGCACUGGACAGUGGCAUAGGAAUGAUGAAUGGGCACCUGUCGGGCAACGUGGAUGGUAUGGGGUUAUCCGGACACCCAGUGUCCCAUCUAGGUUCCAAUGGUGGGCACUCCUACAUGAGCAGCUGCACAGGGUCCUCCGGGGGGGAUUACCCCCACCAUGAUUCUGGGUCCCCUCUCCUGGGCGGAGGAGGGGUGAUGGAGCCCCAUUCUGUCUAUGGCAGCCCAGCAUCUGCAUGGGCACCCUCAUCCACUGCCCUCUCCGGGGGUGCCCCCUACAUCAAACAGCAGCCCCUCUCUCCAUGCAACUCUGCCAACAACCCCCUGUCCUCCAGCCUCUCCUCACACAGCCUGGAGCAGCCCUACCUGCACCAGAACAGCCACAACACAGCCUCAGACCUGCAAGGUAUCCCCAGGUAUCACUCCCAGUCCCCCAGUAUGAACGACAGAAAGGAGUUUGUCUUCUCUUUCAAUGCCAUGGCUUCAUCGUCCAUGCACGCUGGCAGCGGCUCGUAUUACCAUCAGCAAGUCAGUUACCAGGACAUCAAGCCCUGUGUCAUGUGAUCCUGGCAGGGGCACCACAGAGCCAUGGGGCAUCCGACAUGGGGACUCUGCAUGUGUCAUGUGAUCCUGGCAGGGGCACCAAAGAGCUAUGGGGCACCAGGCAUGGGGACUCUGCUUGCGUGAUGUGAUCCUGGCAGGGGCACCACAGAGAAUUGGCCAUCAGACAUGGGGACCCUGCAUCUGGGCCGGUCUGCAGAACAGAGACUGGCUAAUAUAUGGUAGUGAGUAAUGCGGACCAUUCUACUCUUUGGUAUAGAAAACUAAUAUAAAUGUCGAAAAUUACAGCCUUAAUUAUUUGAACGCAAAUGUCCUAUUUUCUAUUCUGUAGUACAUAAAUACACACCUAUAUGUACUAAAGUCAAAGAAGAAAUUAUAUCCAAGCACAAAACCAGUGUUCAAUAUCGUAGCUGUUAAUUUCAAUCUGCAAUUUUUUUUUACUGUCAAUUUUUUUAUUUUAUUUUUUAUAUAUAUCUAUAUCUGUAUAUUGAUUUUUAUUGUCAAUUGAUAGCCUCACCGAUUACCAGGUCUAUCCAGCCGGCCAACGAGAGGAGUCGGGGCCCAGACCCAGCAAUGCAGAGAUAAUAAGGCACUUUUAUUCUACACUAUUUAUUUAUCUUGUGUUCAGUAACAGAGAGAGAACCAGGUUAUGCUGUUUUCGUUGGCAAUAUUUGCCGUGUGAAUUUGUUUUCACUCACUGUAAAUUUGGAAGAAGUUCUGUGUACAGAAUAAAACCUCUGAUACGUAUAAUAUAAUUGUAUAUAUAUAUAUAUAUAUAUAGUGACCCCUCUGUAUACUAGGUUGGAAGUGCCUAGCACUGAUUCCUAUAUUCAUUCAUUUUCUCUGCACUGUACAAAUGUUAUUUUUUUUGUGUGCCUGUACUUAAACAAAAGAAAAGGAAAAAAAAAAUAUAAAAAUAAAACGUUUAUGCUAUUUGUAA